CGGAGCAGCCCUUAAAAGGCUCUUCUUUCUCUACAACUGAGAAAUGGUCAUCUUAAUUUACUUACUUGUCUUGCUGUGGGAAGAGGCUCACGGAUGGGGAAUCAAAGAUGGAAUUUUUCAUAACUCCAUAUGGCUUGAGAGAGCAGCGGGUGUGUACCACAGAGAAGCGCGCUCUGGCAAGUACAAGCUCACCUACGCAGAAGCCAAAACGGUGUGCCAAUAUGAAGGAGGACGGCUUGCCACCUACAAGCAGCUAGAGGCAGCCAGGAAAAUUGGAUUUCAUGUCUGUGCUGCUGGGUGGAUGGCCAAAGGUAGAGUUGGAUACCCCAUUGUGAAGCCAGGACUCAACUGUGGAUUUGGAAAAACUGGUAUCAUCGAUUACGGAGUCCGUCUCAAUAGGAGUGAAAGAUGGGAUGCCUAUUGUUACAAUCCACAUGCAAAGGAAUGUGGUGGUGUCUUUACAGAGCCAAAGCGGAUUUUUAAAUCCCCAGGCUUCCCAAAUGAGUAUGAUGAUAACCAAGUAUGCUACUGGCACAUUAGACUCAAGUACGGCCAGCGUAUUCAUCUGAGUUUUUUGCAAUUUGACCUUGAAGAUGACCCAGGUUGCUUGGCUGACUAUGUUGAAAUAUAUGACAGUUAUGAUGAUGUUCAUGGCUUUGUGGGAAGGUACUGUGGAGAUGAGCUUCCAGAAGACAUCGUUAGCACAGGAAAUGUCAUGACCUUGAAGUUUCUAAGUGAUGCUUCCGUGACGGCAGGAGGCUUCCUCAUCAGGUACACUGCAGUGGAUCCUCUGUGCAAAUCCUGUCAAGGGAAAAAUGCAACCUCUGCUUCGGCUGGAAAUAAGAACCUCUUAGCUGGAGCUUUUGGUCAUUUAUAAAACAAAGUGGACAUUCUGUGCUUACUUUUGUAUCUUUGAAACUCCUUUUAUCUUUAUUUUCUAUUUUUGUUAUUAUUAUUGACAUUUAUUUAUUACUUCUCAAUGUGAAAGCAAUGCCUAAUAAUUUUGCUAAAAUUGAAAAGUACAGAAAAAAAUGAGAAAAUAAGAUUUUCCAUCUUAAUACAUGAAAAUUAUGUGUUAACAUUAUUAUUUUUUCUUUUAGUCAUUUUUAAAUUUGUAGUUCUACAUUUGUAUUUGAAGCCUGGGAGUCCAGCCCAAUGCACAGUUUUAUGUUUUGGAUUUUUUUUUAAUCCUUGAACUUAAUGAUUUAAGCAUUUAUUUCCCUUUAUCAUUGAGUAUAUUGCAGAAAGGUUAUUUUUAUCAAUCUCAACAAUAUUCCAUGUUAUGACUGCUCUAUACUUUAUUUAAGCCUGUCUCUGUUGUAGAAUUUUUGUUUUUAUAAAUACCGCUGUAGUAAACAUCCUUAAACAUAUGCGUUUAUACAACUCCCUAGUUAUUUGGAAUACGGGUCUUAGAAGUAGAAUUUCAAGACUAUUGACUAUGUCAAAUAGAACUUUUUAUUUUUGAUAGGGAAAAUGACAUAGUGUGGCUUGAAUUUGCAUUCAAAUUGUUCAUUGGUGUAUAUAAAUAUAUAUUUAGGUGAGUUGUGUUUCUUUUUUGAAUGAUUUUUCACUUCGUUCAUUUUUAUAUUUGUAUGAUCAUUUCUAUUACUGAUUUGUAAGAAAUUAUUUUAUUUAUUAGUUAUAUACUACCACAUUUGUUGAAUAUGUUGCAAUUUAAGUUCUUUUGAAGUUUGACUUUUUUAUAAUGUCUUUUAUGUACUGACACUUAUUUUCUGUAACACUUUUUGAUCUCUCUUGUUUCAGUCUCUUUUGACUUUUUUUGGUUAUA